AUGCAAGAAUUUACAUAUCCAUAUAAAUAUCCAAAUAAUUAUAAAGGUUCUGGAAUUCCAAGCAAUUUAUCAACUAUUGAUGAGGUAGUACCAAAAACUUUUACACCAUUAGAAAUUAAUAAUAUGGUAUUGAAAAACAGAAUUGUUGUUUCUCCAAUGUGCCAAUAUUCUUGUAAAAAUAAUAGUGGUUUAAUGAAUGAUUGGCAUUUAAUUCACUAUAGUAGUUUUGCCAAAGGCGGUGCAGCUUUAAUCAUUUUUGAAUCAACAGCAGUCCAACAAGAAGGUAGAAUCUCCUAUGCUGAUGCUGGAAUUUGGGAUGAUUGUCAUAUACCAGCAAUGAAAAAAAUUAUAAAUUCAAUUCAUUCUUAUGAUACUUGUGUUGGUAUACAAUUAUCACAUGCAGGUAGAAAAGCAUCAACUCAACCACCAUUUUUAGAAGGAUCUAGAAAAUCAAUUGAAAAGAAUGAUCCAUCUGGUAAUGGUUGGGAAGUUGUAGGUCCAUCACCGAUUAGAUAUAGUGAUAAUAUGUCAAUACCAAUUGAAAUGAGUAUUAAAGAUAUUCAAUGUACCAUUCAAGCAUUUAAAGAUGGAGCUAUUCGUUCACUUAAAUGUGGAUUUGAUUUCAUUGAAAUUCAUGCAGCACAUGGUUAUUUAAUUAAUCAAUUCCUUUCGCCAACAUCAAAUAAACGUACUGAUGAAUAUGGUGGUAGUUUUAUAAAUCGUAUUAGAAUCUUAUUGGAAAUCAUUGAAUCAGUUCGUUCAGUUUGGCCAAGAAAUAAAGCAUUGGGUGUACGUCUUUCAUGUGAAGAAUGGACAAAUGAUGGUUGGAAUAUGGAGGAUACAAUUCACUUGGUUGAAAUUUUAAAUCAAUUAGGUACAAUUGAUUUAAUCGAUUGUUCAAGUGGUGGUAAUUCAAGUAAUCAAAAAAUUAAUCUUUCACCAAUGUAUCAAACUCCAUUUGCAAAUUCAAUUAAAAAUAUAAUUAAUACACCACUUCGUACAAGUGGUAAUAAUUAUAAAAAUAAUAAUAAUAAUAAUAAUAUUGGUAGUAGUACUGAUAGUUGUGGUAGUAGUACUGAUAGUGCUAGUAGCACUGAUAGUGGUAGUCCAAGAACUAAAAGUCAAAUAAAAGUUUCAACAGUUGGUUUAAUUACAUCUGGAAAUGAAAUUGAAUCAAUCUUACAAGAUGGUAAGGCUGAUAUUGUGAUGGUUGGAAGACAAUUCCUAAGAAAUCCAUUUUCAGUUUAUCAAUUUGCAAAUGAAUUAAAUGUAAAAAUUGAUUAUCAACUUCAAUAUUAUUUAGCUCAAAGAAAAUAA